GCUGUGUACUCAAUGGAAAUGUCUACUCAGCUGGAAUGUCCUGGUACUUUCCUGAUAGUAACUGUACCUCCUAUGAAUGUAAAGAAAACAAUGGUCACUAUGUCAUUGUCACAAGAAAUAAAUCUUGCGUUGCCUUGAAUCCUGAAGACUGUGGACCAGAGGGAGUCAAAUUGUCUGAGGAUGGCUGCUGUAAAGUAUGCGCAACACCACCCAAAGGUUGCAAGCUACAGAAUACCACUACCAUCAUCAACCAGAGUGAAUGCACAGCUACUGUACCUAUUGAGCUAACAUACUGUGAAGGAAACUGCCCUGCUUCUUCAAUAUAUUCUGCUGAGGCGAACAUGAUGGAACAUACAUGCAAGUGUUGUCAGGAAGUCAAGACAAGCAAAAAACAUGUGACCCUGCAGUGCCGUAAUGGAACCAGCAUCGACUACUCGUACAUCCAUGUGGAUGAGUGUGGAUGUGUGGGCUCCCAGUGCAUCCCACAAAGCAGUCAUACCAUCCCAGCACAGGUACAAGAACAGCAGCAACAGGAACAGAUCCGGCAGCAACAAUGGCAAGGCUAAAACCAAGAAACAGAUGAAAGAACCAAAGCCAGGAAGAGCAGAAUAUAGACUGAAAUAAAUCUUCUCUAAAGCAGCUAAAAUUUUGGUCAUACAGAUAAAGUUCUCUCUAUAUAUGCUAAACAUUUCUGUUUCCUAAUUAUUUCAGCUUCCACUAACAAUUCAUCUCAUUGCUUUGAGAAUCUUUUCCUUGCAACUUGAGAGGUUCUAAGAUAAGGAAAUCUUGAGGUUUGUUUUUUUCUGAGUGAUGCUGUACAAUAAGACCGAUACUUUUCCUUUGAUGCAGUGAAAUCAAGUUAAAUUUUACUGUAACUAUUUUCACAGCUCUUAUAGAAAACCUUUGCCACAAGCAGUAGUCUCUUUUUUUUGGCUUUAUUUUUCUUUACUGUGACUGUGCAAGUCCAAGCAUAAAAUAAACAUCACUGUGUAGUUAAUGAAGUUUCACUAGCCACAGUCAUUACAGUGUGUUCCAUACCAACUUAAAAACAUUUAAUCAUUUCGCUGAAGUAAACUUACUACUGUUAAACCUGCUUUCAUCCCAGCAAUGUCAGCAAUCUACACCAGAAAAAAUACAAACUUUAUUUUCCUCCCUUUUUUUAUGUGAAAGAAUGUACACGGUAGAAACUGCAUCAUCUUAAACCUUCAAACUUUCAAGAUUGUGGGUGAUUUGUAAUGGGUAGUUUUCCAUCAAUAUUCUUGUGGAAAGAAAGAAAGAAAGAAAGAAAGAAAGAAAGAAAUCCUACCAUGCAAAGCUGCUGCAGAAUAUUCUCUGUUUACAUGAAAUUAUCAGCAUAGUAAUGAUAUGAAAAUUUGAACAUUUUUAUUACAAGUUCUUGGUUAACUGUUUACAAGAGAAGUAUAUAUAUUUUUGUCAAAAGGGGCAUAUGAAGGAUUUUUUAACAAAAGUAAUUAUAUUAAUAUAAAUUCUUUCCAAGGAAGCUGAGUUUUUU